AUGAAACCCAACUUGGAAUGUAAACUUCUUUUGAAAACGAAUACAUACUUGCCAGAGAUACCCAAUUAUUGGCUAGAUUCUACUCAUUUUCCAAUAUUUGAUAAAAAUACAAAUGAAUUAAAAACUCAAAAUAUUCAUGUCCUUGACAAAGUUAUUGACUCUACAGAGAUAGAUAAUGGCCCUUUCAUUUCUGCAUGUUAUAGCGAGGAUGGAGAAAUCUUGGCAGUAUCUAAUUUAGAAGGAAUUUACUUAUUAGGAUCAUAUACUAGAACUUGUUUUGCAGCUAUUCCAUUUGCCUUAUUAGCAAAACAGCUUGGAGUUGAAGAUUCCAAGUCUUUAAUUUGCAAUGAUGUUUACAUCUUUGAGAAAAACUGCCUUCUCGGAGCCCUAUUUAAUGAUUUUCUUGCCUUUUGGGACAUCUCCUCAAGUAAACUUAUUAGUUAUGAAUGCUAUGUCCCAAAAUUCAUUGGAUCAAUAAGUACUAAAGACCUUUUACUACAUAUAAAUGAGAAGCAGAAAUGUUAUAAUUACUUACCAGCUCAAUAUUUAAACAUGGUAGAUCCAAGAGACUUUGAAAAUAAUAAGUUUGUUUCAGUUCAAGGAAUUAAAACACUUAAAUCAGAUAAUAAAGAGGAAAUCAGUCAAGCUGACUGUAAAUAUACUAUCACUAUUGAAUUUGUAGUUGAGUUACACAGUUCUUUGCCAUUAAUAGUUCAAGCGAAAGCAAAAUAUAAUAAUCAGGACAUAAUAGCAAAUGAGUUCUCGAAUGGAUCAUCAAAGUUUCAUGAAUUUACUAUUCACUCUGUCUCCUCGAUUUUUCCAGAUCAUUUUCUGAAUAAUAUUUCAACUAAAUAUGUAGAUCCUGGAAACAAUAAUAAAUUUGUAUCUUUGGCUGUUUCUGAGAAGGAAGGCCGUAGAAUCUAUUCAAGUUUUAUUAUUAUUGGAGAAACAAAUAUAUUGCUUAUUUUUGAUGAGUUUAAAACCAUUCUUUCUUUAAAAGCAAUACCGAACUAUGGGAAAAGGCAUAACAAGUAUCUUUAUAGCUGCAAGAUUCACUUUAACAAAGAUGGAGAUAUUCUAAUAGUUCAGUACUCUGAUAGAUUUUCAGUUUACUCAUUGAAAGAAGUGGACAACUCCAGAGAAAAUUUUGAAGGUAAUUCUGACUCAAACCAGGUAAACAACUUAAGUGUAGCUGAAAACUAUAAAGAUACAGAGUUCGAUCAAGAAUACUUAACAGAAAUGGGGAUUGAGUCUGAAAAAUAUAUUCCAAAGCUCAAGAUUAAGUUACUUUAUUCUUAUUCUCAAGUAAUUCAAAAGGAAUGGAUAACUUCUAUUUCUACCUAUAAUGAAAAGGUAUAUGACUCUUUUAAAACUCAUAAUAUUCAACUUUACGGACCAAUUAGUCAAUUAUACCCAUGCGGUGUUUUGGCAGUAACCACAAUAUCAUCAAAUGGUCAAUCUUUCUAUUACCUGAUGAAAAUUUGUUCAAACUCAGAUAGUAGAAGUUACAUACCAAAUGCACCAAAUACCAAAUGUGACCACUUUUGCAAUGACAAUACAGGAUCAAAUAUGAUUAUUUGGAAGGUGGACCUGACAAAACUAAAUGGGGUCCGGAAAAUAAUUUGGCAGCCUGGGGAUUCAAUUUGCUUAGCAAUCCAAUUUUUAGAAAAGCUUAAAAAUACCAAACUCAUGUACGAUGAAUACUAUGAAAUGAACAGCACAAAUAUGAAUGUGUUAAAUCAGUUAGAAAAGAAUAAUACCUUUGGGAAAAUAUUCUUCAUAGAUUCUAGAUGCUCCAAUGAUGAUAUGUUACUCUGGUCAAGGCUGAUGAUAGAUUUCACAGCUAUUCACAGAAACAAAGAGUACAUUGAGAAAGAGGAUGAAUUUGACUAUAAAGAUAAGAAGGAAAAUCAUUCAGAAUCUAGUGAAAUUAAAAAGGCUUAUUUGGAUGAGUACUUUAAAGCUGCUUCAAAACCAGAUACACAACAAUUAAAUACUUAUGAGAAAGAAAUGCAAAAAAUCUUGGAGGACCUGCAUGAGUUCAAUAAAAAUUUAGAUGAUAAUGUCUACUGGUUUAACAAAAUCACAGAAGUUUAA